AAGUCGCGGGCUGAGCAUUAGGGUCCUUGGCCCUGGCCCACUGGACCCGGCGGUGCAGGCGUCCAUCCGGACGUGACCGCGCUCCCUUGCGCUGGACUUGUCAGCGGGACACCCCACGUUUAGCUCUGACUCCGCCCCUUUGCGCCACCGACCCCGGGCGUCAGCGCGUGGCAGGCGGCGGGGGCGGAGCUAGCCACCCCUGGCCGCUGAUUGGCUGCCUCCGCUUCCCCUUCCCCGAGAGUUCAGGUGUGAAGUGACUGCUGUCCGCGAGCCGGCACCCUGAGGAGUUACGCUGCGCUUUUCCAGCGAGGUUUUAACCUCACCCAGACUCCUCUGGCAGCGCUCAGCCAAUUUGGAAAUAUUUGGGUUUAUAUUACUUUGCUGUCGGUGGAAGAUGUCGGCUUCUACACGAAUGUUUUGCUGGCCACUUAAAUGACUUUUUUUUUUCCUCAGAAACGCGAAACAUUUUCUCCCCCAGGUGUUCCUAUCCUCAUUUUUCAUGACAGAUCUUGAUAACAAUUCAUGCAAAAAAUAUAUAAAGAUGAUAACUAAUAUAGUUAUACUGAGCCUGAUCAUUUGCAUUUCUUUAGCUUUCUGGAUUAUGUCUAUGACUGCAAGCACCUAUUAUGGCAACUUACAGCCUAUUUCUCCUUGGCGUUGGCUGUUUUCUGUUGUUGUUCCUGUUUUGAUCGUCUCUAAUGGCUUUAAAAAGAAAAGUCUAGAUCACAGUGGCGCUAUAGGAGGGCUCGUGGUUGGGUUUAUCCUAACCAUUGCAAAUUUUAGCUUUUUCACCUCUUUGCUGAUGUUUUUCCUUUCUUCUUCAAAACUGACUAAAUGGAAGGGAGAAGCAAAGAAGCGUCUAGAUUCGGAAUACAAGGAAGGUGGGCAGAGGAAUUGGAUUCAGGUAUUCUGUAAUGGAGCUGUGCCCACAGAGCUGGCCCUGCUGUAUAUGAUAGAAAAUGGCCCUGGGGAAAUCCCAAUAGAUUUUUCCAAGCAGCAUACUGCUUCCUGGAUGUGUUUGUCUCUCUUAGCGGCUCUGGCAAGCUCUGCUGGAGACACAUGGGCUUCAGAAGUUGGCACUGUUCUGAGUAAAAGCCCGCCAAGACUGAUAACAACCUGGGAGAAAGUUCCAGUUGGGACCAACGGAGGGGUUACGAUGGUGGGACUUGCCUUCAGUCUCCUUGGUGGGACCUUUGUGGGCAUCGCGUACUUCCUCUCGCAGUUGGUUUUUGUUAACGAUUUAGACAUUUCUGCUCCCCAGUGGCCAAUUAUUGCAUUUGGGGGUCUGGCUGGAUUACUAGGAUCGAUUGUGGACUCAUAUUUGGGAGCUACCAUGCAAUUUUCUGGUUUGGAUGAAAGCACUGGCAUGGUGGUCAACAGCCCAUCAAAUGAGGUGAAGUACAUAGCAGGGAAACCCAUUCUUGAUAACAAUGCAGUGAAUCUGUUUUCUUCUGUCCUUGUUGCCCUCUUGCUCCCAACAGCUGCUUGGGGUUUUUGGCCCAGACAAUGAGCUUUAUUUCAUUUACAAAAGUUAAAACUGUGGUAAAUUCAGCUAAAUUUGUAAUUCCAAGUUUCAUCCCAAGAAGAGUAAUUGUAAUGACAAUGCAGAAGUGCCAGCUCCUUCCAAAUUCUGUUAUGAUGGAAUUCCACAUUUUUCCUCUCAUUAACAACCUUUUAACAACUAACAUCUUUCUGGUGGAAGGUUAGAGUCAUAGAAUUUAUCUCCUAUAUAUAUAUUUUUUUCAGCUGAAUGGUAACUUGCUGAGCAGCGAAACUAUAAUGUCCCUCUAUAUUGAACUGAAAGUUUCUAUGUGGUAGAUAUAAAUUUUGUUUUUUGUUUAAAUCAGUAAAAGGACUAAAAGUGACAAAAAUUUUAAAAUGUGGCAGAGAAAUGCCACCAUGCCAGUUAUCCAAAUGUUGUAUCUGCUUUAAGUAUUUAAACAGAUUGUGUGGAAGCCUGAAUAAGUGUCGUUUCCUGGACUUCUCAUUACUUGCCAUUUAUAAUUGUGAAAAGAGUGGAGUUUUUUUCCCUGGUAAGCUGUGAGGUCUACUCCACGUUUAUUCUUCCUUCCUCAGGGUUAGUGGUGAAAAAAGGCAAAUGUCUUUUUCAUGUGACCAUUAGAGUGCGUGAAACAAAUUAUUUUUCAGUCUAAAAAAAUGUGCACCUUACUAUAUAUUUCAUUUGAUCUCUGAGCAGAAGUUAUCUAAAAUGUAGUAUUUUUAAAGGUAUUUUCUAGCUUUCUUGAAAUUUGUGUAGGAAUCUGGUUUACAUUGGCAUGGUGAAUAGUUAAAAAGCCACUUGAAAAUAAUUGUAAUUAUUACUUCAUGUGCUGUCCUAGAAUUCCCUGGAAGAUGCUAUGAUCUCCUAUUAUGUACCUUCUAAGUUGUGCUCUCUUUAAAAUUAUAGCCUCAACCAAAGUGAAAUCUACUUCUCUGUUGUUCUUCACUAUGAUUUAUGUGCUAAAGGAGUUUAAUAUAGUAUGGAUUACUGUGCUAAAAGUAUUUUGAAAUAUUUCCAUACCUUUCUUCAGACCUUUUUGCAUUCAUAGAAAAAAUUGAGGCGAGAUGUCAUGAAUAAGCCACUAUCAGAGUGGAUAAAGCUUAGAAUUCUUAAUUAGUGACCCUACUGUAGUGAUUAUAUAGAAGUGACUUGGUUCAGGAAGAAUUAAAAAACAAACAAACAAAAAAAAACAGUUGACACACUUAAGCCUUAAGCCACUGCUCAGUGGGUCUCAGCCAUUGGUUUUCAACUUGGUGUAUACAUUGACAUCACCUGGGCAUCCUUUAAAACAAUACUUGUGUCUGGGCUUCACCCAGAAAUUCAGAUUUAACUGGUCUGGGAUACAGCCUGGGUACUGGGACUUUUUAAAGUUUUUCAUGCCCUUUAGAAUCAUGUAGGGAGUUUUUAAAAGCAGUGUUGCCAAGGCCUCUCUUUAGACCAAGUAAAUUAGAAUGUGGGAAAGUGAGGCCCAUGCAUGGGUUAUUUUUAGAAAGCUCUGUGAGAGAGUCUAAUAGUUAAAUAGGUUGAGAACUACUAAAUAAGAAUAUCCUCAGACAAAUGUCAAAUCAUUAUGUUGUACACCUGAAAUUAAUGUUGUAUGACCAUUAUACCCCAAUAAAAGUAAAAAAAUAAAAGAUUAUCCUAUACCUAAAAGAA